UUUUAAAAUCAGAAUCCUGAUGGCGCUUUGGAAAAAGUACCCAGAGCUUUUUCUAGCCCAAAAUAACCGAGCAACAAAUCAGCGAAAUUUCAGCAUCAGCGGCAUGUGCGGUGCGAUACAGAAGAUGACACGUGUGCGAGUUGUAGAUAACAGCGCCUUGGGAAACACUCCAUACCACCGGCCUCCGAAAUGCAUCCACGUGUACACCAAGAACGGAGUGGGCAAAGUAGGCGACAAGAUCCUUCUGGCUAUCAGAGGGGAGAAGAAAAAGGCUUUAAUCGUUGGCCACAAGAUGCCGGGCCCUCGCAUGACUCCUAGGUUUGAUUCUAACAACGUGGUGCUCAUUGAAGACAACGGGAACCCAGUAGGGACAAGAAUCAAAACCCCAAUACCGUCUCUGCUGAGGAAGCGGCAAGAAUUCUCAAAAGUGUUGGCCAUUGCCCAGAACUUCGUGUGACAAAUAAGGGAACAUCCAGUUAAGUAGAA